UUUCGCAUCUACGUGUUCUGCGCCCCACAGACAACUGUCAGUACAGAAAGAGGAUUCGGUCGUGUACAGUCGGCUUUGCUUCCUUCCAAACCUCACCCUCGUACACUGCCUACCAAAUAGGGUAGCCAAAAUAGCGCAGCUGAAACUUUAGUAAAGUUAGGUGUGUUAGAAAGUUUCAACUAAUCCGUUGUUUUGUUGAAUUUAGACAAACCGAGCACACUAAUCUGCCGACUACUUUCGUAAGUUUGAUCCGCGCGAAGCAAUGGGGAAGUGUCUAUCGUGUUUGUCUUCCUUUCGAGCGGUUUUUCGGCCAAAUCAGGAGAGUGCUAUCCCUCUCACCCCUUCUCGAAAGCCUAAACCCCCGGGUUCGGACGUUACAGAGCUCCCGAAACCCCCAACUGAGGUGAAACCUCCUGAAGGUGGCUCUACUGAUGAUCAAGUAUUGGUUGUCCAAAGUAUUGAUCUCUGUGUAUCUGAAAAUGCAAACAAUCAUUAUACUAUGGAGUACGACCUGGUCCAGAAAGAAUCUCCAAAACCUGUUUUGCGCCGAGGGUUUCCUUUCAAGGUUAAGAUCACGUUCAACAGAGCUUACAAUGAUGAAAAAGACGCCGUUUGUCUUGUUUUCACAUUGAAAGGAGCUACAAAUCCCACUUAUGCACAAGGAACAAUGGUAGUUGUACCAGUGGUACCAGCUGACAGUGAUGUGCUGCCAUCUGAUGGUUGGCAAGUGAAACUGGUAUUCACAGAAAACUGCUCCAUCACUUUGGAGGUCUCCUCCAUUCCUAGUGCAAUUGUAGGCGAGUGGAAUUUUGAUAUUGAUACCAAACUGAAGUCAGCAAAAGACGAAGAAUCCCAGACCUUGCGUUAUUCCGUGAAGGAUUCAUUUUUUCUUAUCUUCAACCCUUGGUGUAAACAGGACACGGUGUACAUGAGUGACCCAGAAUGGAGGAAGGAGUACGUGUUGAACGAAAGUGGACUUAUUUGGCGUGGAAGCCAUAACCGGCUCAGACCAUGCAUAUGGAACUAUGGACAGUUUGAAGAAAAUAUUCUGGAGUGCUGUUGUUAUCUGUUGAGUCACGUAGGAAAGCUCAACAUUGUUGGACGCGCUGAUCCAGCUCGUGUUGUACGCCAUGUCAGUUCUGUGGUUAACUCUCCUGAUGACAAUGGUGUCCUCGUUGGUAACUGGUCAGGAGAUUAUGGUGGGGGACAGUCUCCUACUUCCUGGGGGGGUAGUGUGGCUAUUCUUCAGCAGUUCUUCAAGAACAAGAAACCAGUGAAGUAUGGACAAUGCUGGGUUUUUUCGGGCGUCUGUACAACAGUCUGUAGAGCUCUCGGAAUCCCGGCCAGAAGCGUCACCAACUUCUCUUCAGCCCAUGACACGCACAAUAGUCUCACCAUUGAUUACUUCUUUGAUGACGAGGGUGAGCCCAUUGAGAGGCUGAAUAUUGAUUCUAUCUGGAACUUCCACGUGUGGAACGAGGCAUGGAUGGAGCGACCUGAUCUAGAACCUGGUGGUUAUGGUGGUUGGCAAGCUAUCGAUGCAACCCCGCAAGAAGAGUCAGAUGGAGCUUACAGGUGCGGUCCUGCUAGUGUGGCGGCAAUAAAACGUGGUGAAGUUAUGAAACCAUACGAUUGUUGUUUCUUGUUUGCGGAAGUCAACGCUGAUAAGGUUUACUGGAGGUAUCGUGGACCUAGUCAACCAUUGAAGCUUAUUGCCAAGAAAACUGAUACAAUUGGCCAGUUCCUGAGCACUAAAGCAAUUGGUUGCUUUGAACGUGAAGAUAUCACAGGAGAGUAUAAACAUACUGAAACAACAAAAGAAGAGAGGGAGACAAUGGUGAGAGCCCUCAGGUGUUGCAGAAACGUGUUUUCUAGGUAUUACCUGAACGACGACUUAGAAGACGUCCAGUUCGACUUCGAACUUUUGGAUGAUAUUGUUAUUGGUUCCCCGUUCUCGGUAAGUGUGUAACGAUAUUUAUUUGAUCCU